AUGCUUUCUCCACAAGGCCGUGGUGCACGGGAAGAUGACUUGUUCACGGAAGAGAAGAUGGCGUUGAUCCCUAAUUCGCUAAAAUGGAUGAUUCAUGAAUUCCUAAGGCUCAAAGAUAAACGUGAUAUAAUCACAAUUCCUGUCCCCCGAGCAUUUAUUGCACCGCGUACCCAGAUCACGUUAUCUGGAGAGGAUUUGCAGCAGGUUGCUACGUGUGACUACAUCGGCAACCAGGGAAUGCUGUUUGGAAUGAUGCACAUAUGGGAGAGCAUCAACGGUCUGAGAAAAAUUUUCAAGUUUUACGACCCAGAGCUUCUCACAGUGCAUGGGAUCAACGAUGAAGAACAGAGUCAGUCUUUUGACAAUGCGGCAAGACGAUUGGCUAAUUGGUUAUCAUUAAUGAACAACAACCACCAAAUGUUCUUUAUUCCUUGGAAUAUCGGGUAA